AAUUUUAGAACUAAAUUAAAUAUUUUUGAACUUGUUGUUUCACAUAGUACAUCGGACUAUAUAACCCCACUCUCCCCUAUCUCAAACGUAAAAAAUUGCGUCAAGAUUACAACGGAUCCCCAGUAUCUUCCGGAUAGCCAACAUUCAGUUGAUUUUGUGUUCAAGCCCAAAGAAGAGCCGUCUGAGAAAAACACGACACGGAGGAAGAAACAACAUUUAACUAAUUAAAUAUUUUUUAACUUGUUGUUUCACAUAGUACAACGGACUAUAGAACCCCCCUCUCCCCUACAACUGUGCCAUUACCUGGGAAUCUCUAAAAAUUAGUGGUUGGUGUUUUAUACAUUCAGUCCGAAAGUAAUAUGUCACAGUCGACUGCGAAGCUUUGUUUACCAUGGCAGAGGAAAGAAGAGUUGAUUCAAGUAACGCAAGCAGCGAAAAUCAUGAGGGCAACAUCCCCGUAGAAGUACCACAUUCUUCAGUCACCGUCAUUCGUUUAAAGGCUAAACAUGACGGUGGAGAUGGUUCGGAACCGAAAUCUUGGUGGAGGACGCGGAAAGAACGUAUUUUUCGCAAGAAAACGUUGUACAUGCGUUUCCCAAUCCUGAAAUGGCUUCCCAAAUAUUCCCUACAGGAUUUCGUAGCCGACCUAGUGGCCGGAAUCACUGUUGGAGUCACUGUGAUCCCACAAGGAUUAGCUUACGCAACCGUGGCAGGACUUCCCCCCCAGUAUGGUUUGUACGCUGCUUACAUGGGCUGCUUUAUAUAUGCACUACUUGGCAGCACACACGCAGUUACAAUCGGACCAACGGCUCUUUUGGCUCUCGUAAUAUAUGACUCCGGUGCCGCGCAAAUGGGACCAGAAGCGGCCAUUCUUCUCGCCUUUCUAACCGGGUGCAUCGUUCUCCUUUUCGGCCUUCUUAACUUUGGUUUUUUAAUUGAUUUCAUCGCGGCUCCAGUCGUGGCGGGAUUUACAAGUGCCGCCGCUUUUACCAUAGCCACAACUCAGAUUGAAGCUCUUCUCGGAUUGGAAUUCGAAGCAGAAGGUUUCUUGAAUACGUGGAUUGCGGUUAUCAAACACAUUGAAGAGACCAAAAAAUGGGACGCAGUGUUGGGAUUCUCCUCCAUUGCCAUUUUACUUCUUCUUCGGAUUCUCGACCAAGUAAAAUUAGGCAAAGAAGGAGAGAGAAACCGCUGGGAAAAUUGGUUCAACACAGGGUGCUGGCUUAUUUCCGUCUCCCGUAACGCAAUCGUCAUAAUAGUUGGAUCCAUCAUCGCUUACGGUCUGACCGAGCCCGGAAAUCCCAGUUUUCCUUUCACUUUAACAGGCACUAUCCCCAGUGGAUUUCCGCCAUUUAAGCCACCCGUAUUCACCUUCCAGAACGGCGACAAGACAUACACUUUUGUGGAGAUAUGCAGAAAUCUGGGCUCUUCUCUCUAUAUCACUCCGUUAGUGGCAAUUCUGGAAUCCAUCGCAAUCGCCAAGUCAUUUGCAAAAGGGAAGAAAAUCGAUGCCAGUCAAGAAAUGAUUGCUAUUGGUGCUAGCAACAUUAUGGGUUCAUUUGCAUCUUCGUUCCCAAUCACCGGCUCUUUUUCGCGUACAUCUGUAAAUGCUGCCAGCGGUGUCAGAACACCUUUCAACGGAAUUUACACCGCUUCUCUCGUCCUGUUGGCUAUCACCGUCUUGACGCCUUAUUUCUUUUUCAUUCCAAAAAGCUGCCUUGCAGCUGUCAUCAUUUGCGCCGUUAUAUUCAUGGUCGAAGUCCAUUUAGUGAAAAUGGUUUGGAAAUCUAAGAAAACUGAUUUGGUUCCGUUUGGAGUGACGUUCGUCUUCUGUGUGUUUGUUGGGCUUGAGCAAGGUAUUUUAAUCGGUACGGCUAUCAAUUUGGGAAUGUUGUUGUACAGCACUGCCCGACCGAGAAUCCGGAUUCACAAAGUUCAGUCUCUAAAAACCGAAUAUCUUAUCAUCACCCCGGAUCGUAGUUUGGUGUUUACCGCUGUCGAAUAUUUUAUGUCAUGUGUUCGUAAGGCCUCGGCGCUUUAUCCCGGCAUCAUCGUCGUUAUCGAUAUGAGCCACGUGUCGGCGGCGGAUUUCACUACCUCUUACGGAUUCGACAACAUGAUCAAGAGCUUGCAGAAACACGACCACAAAGUUGUCUUGACUAGAACGAAACCAGAAGUAUUGCCCGUUUUGUCUGGCAUUGGGUGUGACCUGCACAUCCACACCGACAACAUGGACUUUGACACAUUUCUCCAAGAUAUUACUACAUUGUCUAAAACACCUGUGCUAUCUAACGCCUCAUCAUCUACAUUUUCGUCAACAACAGUCGUCAAAAGAAAUUCUGACGUUGCUGAGACAUCAAUGAGCAUUUCAGUUGACGUUGAACAAGAACCACGGGGCUAAGUGCAUUGUCAAAUUUCAUUUAAUCAUCUGAAAUUAAAUUGAAAAAAUACCGAUGUGAAUACAGUAUGGUACACAAAAUA